UGCCUGAUGUAGGAAGAUGUCCUAAUAUGGACACCGUACCCUAGCUUUUACCUAUCAUUUUCACUAGGUGGCUUGGACCUGUCAAUUUAGUAUCCACGGUAAUUUGUCAGUUUGUAGGACCUAGUAGGCGCCCUCCGCACGUCCUACCUGUUAGUCUCUUCAGUUUCUUACCUGGAGUUCCUCUCCCCUGUUAUGUGCUAUUAGUCUGUAGUUUGAACUCUGCCGGUAAAAUGCUUUUAUAUAUUGGCUGCACCUUGUUGGCAUCUGUGUCCAUCCUCGACACCUCACUUGGGGAGGUGGUGUUUCGUUGCCCGAGUUGUGCUGCAGAGCGCCAGGCUGGCUGCCCCGAGCGCAGGACGCCCUGCGCAGAGCUAGUGCGGGAGCCCGGCUGUGGCUGCUGCCCGGUAUGUGCCCGACAAGAGGGUGAGACUUGUGGGGUGUACACCGCGCGCUGCUCCACUGGACUUAGGUGUUACCCGAAACCAGGCUCAGAGGUACCCUUGCAGGAGCUGGUGCAGGGACACGGGCGCUGCGGGCGAAUACAUGACGGGGAGAGUAAGGGGAGUAAAGAAAAUGGAGCUGAUAGUGCAGAGUUUCUUGAUCAUUCAGAGGUGAGUCUGACUGAGGCCAUACCAGAGGGCCGCAAGACGAACGGUCAGCGGAAUGAAGCAAAGGAUUUGGCUGUGAUCCGACUCCGGCAGACCGAACAGGAACGUCAGAUGUCCAAGGGACCGAAACAGCCCCACACCCCAGAAGUCAGUAAGAGGACCAGACCAAAACCGAGUCUGUGUCAAAAGCAACUGGACCAGGUCCUAGAGAAGAUCUCCAUGAUGCAUAUCCACGAUGAGAAGGGACCCCUGGAGUUCCUGUACACAAUGCACAUGCCCAACUGUGACAAGCAGGGGCUCUACAACCUCAAACAGUGCAAGAUGUCUGUGAACGGACAGCGGGGUGAGUGCUGGUGUGUGAGCCCAAGCACAGGGAAGCCUAUUCCAAACUCCCCCGUGAUGAGGGGGGACCCCGAGUGCAAUCUAUACUACAACGAAAAUGAGGACCCCAAAAAUAGCAAGUAAUUCUGAACUAGCAGUACAGUGAGCUACAUUUUGCAAGCAAUAUGGAUUAAUUAUGUUUCUGUGUAAAAUAUAAUAUGAUUGUGGGACACUGCUGCUUUUACAGGAUAUCCAAUAAAACAAAAAAUCGUUCAAUAAAAAUCACAGGAAUAUCAAUGAUGAAUGAUGGGCAAGGCCCUUCUAUUGAUCAACUGCAAUCAAUGACCACCAAGUUCUAAAGCUUAUUCCUUUAGCUCCUCUGCAAGUGAAGUGCCAUACUGGUAAAUGUGCUUAAUAGGGUACAUGGAGGAUGAUAUGCAAAGGAAAAAUGUUUAUGCCACACUAUUUGGCCACUAGAGGUUUAUUCAAUAAUAUCGACGUUUAAGUAGAAUUGAAAACAAUGCAAAACAACAAUGUUGUUGUGAAUUAUGAAUUACUGUGCAUAAAGUUUGCUAUAAUUUACCAUGUUAUACUAGCUGUAUAUGUUAUUAUAAAUGAGUUGUACCUCUAGUGUAAUUGCUUGUUAUGGAGUUCAUUUUAAUGUCAUAUUUGCUACAAUGCUUAGUUUCAAUCAAUGUCAAACAAUUAUGUGUGGUGUAGCAGUGCUCGAAGUAGCGACCAUUUUUUUCUUUUGGCGACUAAAUAUUAUUUUAGUCGCCUACAGGCGACCACUUUGUGCUGUUUUUUUUUUUUUUUUUUAAAACAUAUGCAGUUUUCUCAAUAUUUAAUAACAAUUUGUAAUUUUCUUUAUUAUUAUUAAAAUACCUUUGGACCCAUGUUAAACAUCAUAUGGCUUUUUAGUGCCUACAUCACUGGCGCAUCUGUCCAUACAGAUUGUUAUGUUACUGUAUGCGGAAUCUCUAGACACAUAAAAAAAAAAUACAGGAAAAUUAAUUUAAAUAUUUUUAUUAUGAUUUUCACUACAUCAAUCUAAAUGGAAGUGGCAAACUGAUCACUCAAUAUACAAGUAUGUAAUUUAUGUAAGUAGGUAAGCUUCACAGCCUACAACUACUGUACAAUCCUCCAGCAUGUUUUCGUCCCGGCAUUACAGGACAGCACAAAUAAAAUGAAAGAUAAUAAAAUAAAAAUCAAUUUAAAAAAAUCAAAAUUUUGCAUACCUUUUGAAAAUAAAGUUUAACAACAAUU